AUGAUGACGACGUGCCGUCUGCUGUGCGCCCUGUUGGUGCUCGCCCUGUGCUGCUGCUCGUCCGUGUGCGUGGCAGAUGCUCAGCCUGUGCCUGAAGGGUCUUCCAAUACGACCACGACGACGACCACAACAAAACCACCGACUACGACCACGACGACCACAACACGGCCACCAACGACCACGACCACCACUACAACACAGGCACCAACCACGUCUACCACCACUGCGCCAGAGGCACCAAGUACUACGACUACAGAGGCGCCAGCUGUGUCGACCACCCGUGCGCCGUCACGUCUUCGCGAAAUGGACGGCAGCCUCAGCAGCUCUGCGUGGGUGUGUGCCCCGCUGGUGCUCGCCGUAUCCGCGCUGGCGUACACCACUCUGCGCUGA